AUGCGGAAGCCCCGUGGCCCUCAUUCCCGGGGGCUGCGCGAACUCCCGCCCCUUCCGUGCGCCCCUCGGGUAUCCCUUUCCGGCCCACGGUUCUCUGCGCCCCCCGGGACGUGCACGGAACCGGUCAAUCAACCAAUUAUCGACCCAGGCCCGCGGCUUCCGGCGAGGCGCGGCAGCCUGCGCCUCCUAAGGCCUUCUGGAACCUUCCCAAGGCAGCGUCCGCACGGCGGGACGCGCGUGCCCCCCAGCGGACGCCGGUGGGAUCGGCGCGCGAGGCGCGAGGGCUCAGCGCUGAUCAUCCUGCUGGCCCUCGGCACUUUCCUCAUCUGGAGGAACUGGCGGCUGAAGAGCGUCAACAGCAUCAACUUCGACAACCCGGUGUACCAGAAGACCACGGAGGACGAGGUUUGCAUCUGCAGCGCCCAGGACGGCUACAGCUACCCCUCGAGACAGAUGGUCAGUCUGGAAGAGGACACGCCCUGAGCCACUGUGUCCGGCCUCCUAGGUGAGGAAGAGGAGGAGGAAGUUUUCCCCAGUGAUCCCUGGACCCUCGCUCCUUGCUUCCUA